AUGCAAAGAAGACUGGAAGUUAUUGUGGAAGAAGUUACUGAAGAAGUAUCCAGGUCGGGAGAAACUGAAAACACACCGGAGAUUCAACAACAACCUCAGUUACUUCCACCGCCGCCGCCGCCACCGCCACCACCACCUGAAUCAGAAUCAGAAGAAAACAUGGCGGAGGAAGAUGAGAACGAUGUGUACACCCUGGAUGACUAUUUGGAUAAAGAAGGGCAGACUUUUCACUCAAGUAUCCGGUUACCAGACAUUCAAGCCAGGAAUUUUGAAAUCAAGCCUGUUAUGAUUCAACUACUGGGGAUGAUGGGUACUUUUGAAGGAAAUUUUAAGGAUGAUCCGAAUGAGCAUUUGACCAAGUUCAUAGAGGUUUGUGAGAACUUCAAACAAACUGGGGUUACUAAAGAUGUACUGAGAUUGAGAUUGUUUCCCAUGUCAUUAUCUCACAAGGCGAAAACAUGGUUGAAUUCUUUACCUGAACACUCCAUUAAGACUUGGGAUGAGCUUGUAUCUAAGUUCAAGGCCAGAUUUAUUCCAAGGGGCAAACGGGCUACAUUAAGGGGUGAGUUGCUUUCUUUCGAGCAGCAUCCGGAUGAGCUAUUUUAUGAGGCUUGGGAAAGAUUUAAGGAUAUGUGGAGAAAUUGUCCAAAUCAUGAGCAAAAGAAAUAUGUUCUAAUGGAAGCUUUCUGGAAUGGAUUGAAUGAUCAGACAGUGACAAUGCUGAAUACCGCUUCAAACGGAGGAAUCGGAAAGAUGAAGGUAAAUGAGCUAUAUGAACUGUAUGAAGAGGUGGCAUCUAGCACUAUGCAACAGUAUAACAAGAGAAGGCAAAGUUCUGGGAGACAUAAGGAGCCUAGUUCUUCAUCAUCAAGAGAUAUUGCAUCGCAACUUGAAGCAAUAUCUAAGAGAUUUGACAAUCUGGAAUUGCAGAUUAAGAAAGGAAAUGCUGCAGGAGUUCAUGCACUUCAGGCUCCGGGAUACACUUGUGACCAUUGUAAUGAGGAACACCAUUCUGAUCAAUGCCCAUACACCUUGGAGACAGUCAAUUAUAUGAAUAAUGCACAAAGAAGACCACAAGGGAACCCUUAUUCUCAAACUUACAAUCUAAAUUUGAGAAAUCAUCCAAAUUUCUCUUGGCGAAAUGGGCCAAGUCUGAAUCCCCCACAAAUAUUACCAUCCGGUGCUAAACAAAUGGGGCCUCCUGGUUUUCAUGGUCAACCACAGCAAAAUCAAUUGCAACAGCAGCAUCCUCAAAAGGAAGAUUCCAAAAUUGAGAAGAUGUUUGCUCAAUUAUUGGCCAAUCAAGAAUCUGCAAGGGCUGAGAAUAAGGCAACAUUUUCUCUCCAUGAAACUGCCAUCAAGAAUCUUGAGGUGCAAAUGGGUCAACUGGCUUCACAAAUGAAUGUACUCACAAGAAGCAGCUUACCAAGUGAUACCAUUCCCAAUCCAAAAAGGGAUGGUAAUGAAGAGUGCAAAGCGAUCAAUUUGAGAAGUGGAAAGCAGUUACCUGACAUUCAGAGGCCUAGUCAGACCGGCAAGGACACCAUUAACAGUAAGGCGACUGACCUUGAUACAAAUGAGCUUUCAGAAGAAGGUGGUAUAGUAGAAGAGGAAGAAACCAAGAAAAGGAAACAAACAGAAGAAAAUCUCACUGAUGUGGUUCGAGGAAAGAAGUAG